AUGAGGGUGGAGCAGAGUAAGAUUAUACUAUACAGUGACAGUCAAAGUACUCUGCAGCUGGCACAGAACCUAAUCUAUCAUGCACGCACAAAGCAUAUAGACAUGAGAUGCCAUAGGAUCAGAGAGCUAGUGGAGAAAGGUGAAGUGGAGCUGGUGAAGAUCCAUACCAAGGAGAACCAGUCAGAUGUACUCAUGAAGGGUAACAUCAGAAAAGUUUCUGGGCUUCUUGGUGUGGAAUCGAGGUAUAGAGGAUCGGACAAGUUUUGGGUGGUGCAUAUCGAUGGAUCCUCCAGCUCUGCAAGAUCUGGCAUAAGUUUUCUGCUCUUCGGGCCGGAGGGGUUCAUCACAGAGUAUGCCCUACGGUUUAACUUUUCUGCUACUAACAAUGAAGCCGAAUAUGAAGCUCUUAUCGUCGGAUUGAAGAUUGCAAAGGAGCUUGGAGUGCAGAAGCUAAAGAUCCAUACCGACUCUCAGUUGGUGGCCGGCCAAGUCAAGGGAGAUUAUGAGGCACGGGGGAAGAACAUGAAGAAGUACCUUCUGAAGAUAAAGGAUCUUGUCUCGACCUUUUCUGACUUCAAUAUCCUGCAGGUGCCCCCGGUUUGA